AAGUCAUGGUGAAGGCAUUAUAUGAAGACAUAAACAAUAAACACAUUGAAAUGUUUUGUGCAGCAGGUUUUUAUGCAAAACAGUAGUAAUGUAAUUUUGAAAAAUAUGUUUUUGUGGAGAACUUAAAAGAAUUGAAAUGGCAAGUGGAACGAAAUUCUCGUUUACUCGCCCAGCAAUAAAGCCAGUAACAGAAUUCGAUGCAUCUAUUUCGACAACAUCUGGACGUAAAGAGGUUUGUGUACAAAGAAAAGAGGUUGGUUUCAACCAUGGCUUCCCGCAAGAUGUGCUACUGGCAUCUUUGCUUGAACAUUUAUGCAAUCUAUAUGAAUCUGAUCCAAAAAGGGCAAAGCAAUUGUUUGACAUUUUAUGUAAAAAACUUGAAAAACUUAACGUUAUGUCUCCAGUGGCGUAUAUGGAUGAAUAUGCCUCAGUACGAGUUGAAUACAAAACAUCAUUCUAUAAUUUAAUCCAAUCUUCCUUGUUGUCCUUCCAUGCAAACUGUUUGUAUUCAGUUGAAGGUUCGUCUAACCAUGUAAAUAAUGAGGGGCAACUGAUGGAGUUUACCAAAGAAAAAGUUAACCCAAAGGAUGUUUUCAAUUUUGGUGCAUCAAGGUAUAAAGAAGAAUUUGAAGAAAUUGAAGUGAUUGGAGCAGGAGCUUUUGGAAAAGUAUUUCGGGUUCUUAACAAAAUGGAUGGGCAAGAAUAUGCUGUAAAGAAAAUAAUUUGUAAAAACGUUGCGUCUGACGGCUUGCCAGAAACUAACAAAAUGUUGAGAGAAGUUCAAUCUUUAGCAUCACUUCAACAUGAAAAUAUAAUUGGUUAUCACUGUGCAUGGAUCGAACACAGUAUAACACCUAUUUCCGAAAAAGUCAUAUUUACAACUGGCGCUUUUUCCACCUUGGACAAAGUAAAACAACCUGUUGAAGAUGACAAACUAAAUCUACAGUUUGAUCAGAAUAGCAUGAGCGAAUGCAACGGAUCACAUUUGGAAGUUCCUGGCAGCCCUUUUAGGUUAAAAACACCAUCACAAUCACACAGUUCAAAUGAUCCUGGUUCUUGGGGUGAUUACGACGCAGUGAAUGAGAAAGAUGGACUUUCAAAGUUCUGGCAAAAUUCUAGCAAUUCUUCAACAGAAGAUUCUGUGACGAAUGAGAAAAAGAAAGAUGAUACAGCAUCUGCCCAACCAACUCAUGUUAUCUUUACAGAAGGAGUAAUGAAAACAAAAAUACGUAGAGUGCAAAGUUUUAUUUUAACUGGUGUUUCCACUGAUCGUUUAUCCUCGUUUAACCUUGAUCGAUCUAACGCACGCUCUCUAUCAGUAAACAGCAUGCAAGAUAUAGCAAUACUUAAAAAAACAAAAUCCAGCCCAAAAAUGCUUUCCUGUUACAAACCCUCAAUGAAUGUUGUAAUUUACAUUCAAAUGCAACUGUGUAGCACAACUUUAAAGAAAUGGUUAGUUGCACGAAACGAUCUCCUGACCAGCCAUGUUACUAAUUCAAACCACGUUCCUGCCUCAUUCUUCAUUUUGAAACAAAUCAUUUCAGCAUUGUCACACAUACACAGUAAGGGUCUCUUGCAUAGAGAUGUCAAGCCUCAAAAUGUAUUUAUCGUUGAACAGGAAAAACUGCCACAAAUUAAACUUGGAGACUUUGGACUUGCCAGAUCAUCACUGCCUCGAAACAACUCCGAUCCUUUAACACCAUUAGUUGAUUCAGAUUCACCACUUGACUUUUCAAUAAAUGAACACACUUCUGGUGUUGGCACUUCUCUCUAUGCCUCACCGGAACAACUAAACGGGGAAAGUUACAAUGAGAAGGCUGAUAUUUACAGCGUUGGAAUUAUAUUUUAUGAACUGAUCUGUCCAGUAACAACAGCUCAUGAGAGAAUGUUAGCAAUACAGAAACUUCGAAAACAAGAAAUACCAGAAGAGUUUGUUAAGCACACGCCAUCAUCAGUUGAUUUGUUACAAUCAAUAUUAUGCCAUGACCAUGGCCUACGACCAUCUGCAUGCGACUUGCUUGUAAAAUUGGAAAGUAUUCCUGAGGCAAUAGUUGACAUUGAACAACAAAAUAAACUGUUGUUGAAAGAAAACCAUGAACUACAACGUUUGGUGAACUUGUAUAAAAAUGAACUGAUAAAAAAUGGCCACAAAAUUCCAACACUUGAUCAUUAACAAUAAAUGGUUUAUUAACUAUAGGUUUAUGAGGUUUAUUAAAUAUAGGUUAAUGAAAAAAAAUAGGUUAAAUCUGCCCAUUACCAAUAGCAGAUUUCAUUGAACAUUACACAACGAGAAAUAAAGAUAAUUAUAUAUAACCAUAAGUAACUAUAAAAAGCUGAGCAUUGCUGUAGUGUAUGCUGUUCCCAGGGUUUUUAUAUUGUUACUACAUUAAGACAAUGCUGGAGUUUUAUAUUCUGAAUCUUUAUUUUCCACUCAAUAUUGUUAUUGACUGUUAUUUUACUAACACUGUGAUUCUCUUUUAAGUUACACUUUUUUUCUUUCAUUGUCAAUGCUUGUAUUUGCCAUGGUGAUUGAUAAACUCAGUUUGAUUGG